GAGGCUGAGGUCCUCUCAGUAUAAUGGCCGCGGCCGCAUGUAGGAGAUAAACAGUCCCGCUGGAGUAUUUUGGACGUUUUUCGUUAAUUUUGAGUAAUUAAUCACCCUUUAUCUUCACAAUGGCCGCUGCCGACAACACCACAUCUGAAGUGACCGCUGCUAUGGACUGUGAGGGCGGAACGGAGAGUUUCGAGAAAGUAAAAUCGAAGAAAAGUCAGAAGCGCAAACGCGCCGCGGCUGAAGCGGAGAUGGAGAGUGAAGACGCGGCGGCGCCGAAGAGACCGCAGUUCCCCCCCAUAUCGGGGGACAGACUCACGGGAGGUGCUGUCGAAAUGAGGAAAAUACCCGUUCCUCCCCACCGAUACACGCCUCUGAAGGAGAACUGGCUCAAAAUAUUCACCCCCAUUGUUGAGAACCUACAACUUCAAGUCCGAUUUAAUCUCAAAACAAGAAACGUAGAGAUUAAAACAUGCAAGGAAACACAGGAUAUUGGUGCUCUGACGAAAGCAGCAGAUUUCGUAAAGGCGUUUGUUCUAGGAUUUCAAGUCGAGGACGCUCUCGCGCUCAUCAGAUUGGACGAACUGUUCCUGGAAACAUUUGAUGUCACAGAUGUUAAACCUCUCAAAGGAGAUCACUUGUCUAGAGCUGUUGGUAGAAUAGCAGGCAAAGGAGGAAAAACGAAAUUCACCAUUGAAAAUGUCACCAAAACCAGGAUUGUCCUUGCAGACACGAAAGUUCAUAUAUUGGGAUCUUUUCAGAAUAUAAAAAUGGCACGGACAGCGAUAUGCAACCUCAUCUUGGGGAGCCCGCCAUCAAAGGUGUAUGGGAACAUUCGGGCGGUUGCCAGUCGUGCAGCUGAGAGAUUCUAACGCUGGUUGGAACCAUAACGUGCUGAACAGCUCAUGGACUGAUACAGAAAUGUGGCAAAUUAUAGACUUGCGGGAAUACCGGCCUGAAAUCGACCGACUGGACUCGUCCAGUCAUCUGAAGACUUGUCUUUGAUUCGUAUGGAUCACUUCUCACUAAUUGCUAUGAACAUUCACUCACUGAGUAUAAUUCAGAAAACAUAAUAAAAAAAUAAACCACAUACCACUGGAAAUGAG